AUGUACUAUGACCGUAGUCCUUUUAAAAUAACUAUGUCAAGUGAUAAAGUUGAACUCGAUAUUGUAAAUAAUAAAAGUAAUAAAGAUAAUAUAAAUAUUCCACAUGAAAUAAGUAAUAGUAAUUCUUCAUCAUAUAAUAAUGAAAAGAAGAAUUUAUUUAAUAAAGAUAUAGAUGAUAAAAUAUCUUCUGGUGACGCAGACAAAUAUUCCAAAAUGGAUGAUGAUAAGGAUGUGAAUGAUUCAAUACAUGAAGCAAAUGAUGAUAAUAAUAAAAUGAAUAAUUAUAUUAACGAACAUAAUAAUAAUAAUAACAAUAAUAAUAAUAUGGAGGUAUGUAUAAAUGAGGACAUACAAAAUAUACCAAGUAAUAUUUUAGAGAAUGAUACCAAAACAGAAAAUGAUGAAAAUAUGCUGAAUAAUAAUACAAUAGAACAUAGCGAAGAAAAAGAUAGUGAUAAUAAUGAUAAACCUUUUAUAAAUAAUAAAAGAGCUUUAAUUUGCUCACAUGAUGAUACAAUCAUAAAAAAUGAAAAUACCAAAAAGUAUAAAGUAGAAGAAAGUCAAGAAUGUGAUAGAAAUGGUUUUAUAAGUAAAGUAGAACAAGAUAAUAUAAAAACCGAAAAAAAAAUAAAACAAGAAUUUAAUAAUAAUAUUAAAUAUGAUAACUUUGAAUUGUACUGUAAGAAUUAUGAUAAUAUAUUUGAAGAUCUUAAUAAUGGUACUAAUUUAAAUACAACAAAUAAUAACACACAUACAUUAUAUAAUAAUUAUUGUUAUGUAAAAAACGAACCAUCCGUAGAUAAUUGUAAUAUAAAAAAUGAUAAAGAUAUAUUAAACGAUUCACAAUGUAAUAAUAAAAAUGAAUAUAAUAAUGAUGAUGAUGAUAAUAAUAAUGAUGAUGAUGAUAAUAAUAAUGAUGAUGAUAAUAAUAAUAAUGAUGAUAAUAAUAAUGAUGAUAAUAAUAAUGAUGAUGAUAAUAAUAAUAAUAAUAAUAAUAAUAAUAACAACUCUUUUUCUAAUAACUCAUUUUAUAAUAACCCUUUUUAUAAUAAUGAUGACCAAUGUGAAAAUGAAACCAAAUGUAAGUCAUAUACCCACUCAACCAAUAUAAAUAUAAGGAAUACAUCAAACGUAUCCGAAGUUGUAAAAGAAAGUGAAGAAAAAAAUGAGCUACAAGAUGAUUACAAUAAUGAAAAAAAGAAUGAAUUAUUUGAAGAACAUAGUUUUGUAUAUCCAUCUAUUUAUGAUAUAUAUCCUGAUGAAUGGUUUAGAGCAAAUAAAUAUGAUGAUUGGCUAGUACAUAAAUUAUGUAAAUGGUUAUAUAAUAUUAACGACAAGCUUUAUUUUAAUAUUGAUAAGCAAGAAAUAUAUCAUGUAGUACAAAACGAAUUUGUAAGAAUAGAAGAUUCAAAACAAUUAUAUAUAAAUGAAAAUUGCAAUACAGAAGGAUAUAAUUCAAGAAGGAAUUUACAAAAUAAAAAUACAAGAAUGAUAGGAGAGAAUCACCAUAAUUUUCUUAAUAAUAAUAAUGAUGAUGAUACGGAUUGUGAUAUGAAUUAUGAAAUGAAUGAAGAUACGUUAUAUUGCAGUACAAAUAAUAAUAAUAAUAUCAACAAUAAUAAUAAUAAUAAUAAUAAUUAUCAUGGUUUUGAUAAUGAUAAAUAUAAUAAUACUCAUGUAUAUAAUAGACGUGAUAAGUUUGGUAGUCAUGAUAAUAUGAUCAAAAGGAAUAUUUCACAAGGUGAUCAUCGGAAUGGUAAAAGUAAUAUUAGAAUAGAUUGUAAAAACAACGAUGAUGAUGAUGUUGAUAAUGAUGAUGUUGACGAUGUUGAUAAUGAUGACGAUGUUGAUAAUGAUGACGAUGUUGAUGAUGAUGAUAUUGACGAUGAUGAUGAUAAUAAUAAGUAUAAUAGUAAUAAUGUGAUACAUACGAUAGAUAGAGCUAGAAAAGGACCUAAUUCAAAAACGUUAAAUAAAAAACAAUCGAACGAAGAAUCCUUUGAAGAAUUUAGCAUGGUAUUAGAAGAUGACUUAGUAGGAGGUACAUUCAGCAAAGUUGGUGAACAUAAUAAAAGAGAGAAUGAAGAUUUUUAUAUAACAAAAGAUAUAUUAGAUUUAAAUAAUGUUUCUGAAAGUCAAGGUUUAUGUUUUUAUAGUGGUAUUUUUGAUGGACAUGGAGGUUCAAAUUGUGCUCGCUAUGUAAUGAAUCAUUUAAAAACAAAUGUGAUAGCAAAAUUUAGACAGUCCUUUUUAAUAACAUGUAAAAAGAAAUUUAAAGAGAAAGGAUCCAAAUUAAAUGAACUAAGCGUUGAAUUAAGAGCAUUAUAUGAUAGUUGUAUAAAAGGUUUUGAUAUGACCGAUAAAAAUUAUAUUGAAUUAUCAAAAAAAUAUAAUUAUAAAGAUGGUUCUACAGCAUGUAUUGUCUUAAUAUAUGGUCCAGAUGAUGAUGGAUCCUUAAAAGUUUUAUGUGCAAAUUGUGGUGAUUCAGGUGCAUUUAUAUGUCAUAAUAAGAAGCCUAUCAAAUUAUCUUUAAGACAUAAACCUGAUUUACAGGAGGAGAGAAUAAGGAUAUUAAAAUGUGGUGGUAUUAUAGCAAACAUUAAUGGUAUCAAUAGAAUAAUAACAAAACAUAAAGAUAGAAAUAAUUUAAAUGAAAAUAAUAAUAAUAAAAGUAAAGAAAAGACUUUUCUUGCUUUAUCUACAUCACGAUCCUUUGGUGAUAUAUCAUAUAAAAUACCUAGGAAAAUCGUACAGUGUAAACCUUUUAUAAGUGUAUAUACUAUUGAUUUUGAUUUAGAUUCUUUUCUUGUCCUAGCAACAGAUGGAAUAUUAAAUGUGUUAAGCGAUGAAGAAAUUAUAGAUAUCAUAUGGAAAAAUAUACAUAGGAAACCUGAACAAGCAGCUGAAGAGGUAGUCAACGAAGCAACACGAAGAGGUUCAACAGAUGAUAAAACGUGUACUGUUAUUUUUUUUUAUUGGAGAAAAGACAUUUUUAAUAUACAACCUCAAGAUGUGAAUGUUACUGAAAUUAAUAAUGAGGAAGACAAAGGAGAGGAUAUUAAUAUGUUUUCGUCAGUUUUUUGA